AUCGGCCAAACUAUAUAUCUCACUGCAUUGAAGAUUGCAUUCAUACCAUUAUCCAUAGCAAGAUAUGAAUAGAGAGGAUUUCAUCAAUUUCUCUGGUUUUACUCAACCGGGGCGAAUCAGCCUCCCUAGGGCAUCAACUUCAAGCACAGGCUCAGCCUCCGGAGACUCCAACGCCCAAGAAGGCUUGCUGCCCAUCGCCAACAUCGGGCGUAUCAUGAAGGAGGUGCUGCCGCCGGAGGCCAAGGUGUCGAAGCGCGCCAAGGAGACAAUCCAGGAGUGUGCCACGGAGUUCAUCGGCUUCGUCACCGGCGAGGCCUCGGAGCGGUGCCGGCGGGAGCGUCGCAAGACAGUGAACGGCGACGACAUAUGCCACGCCAUGAGGAGCCUCGGCCUCGACCACUACGCCAGCGCCAUGCACAGGUACCUGCAAAGGUACCGCGAGGGCGAGGAGCUCGCAGCGGCGCUGAACAACCGCGGCACGUCGCCGCCCCUGCCGGAUGAUGACAUGAUCCAGAUCGACGUCAGGGCCGAGUUGUCCAUCUCCAGGGGCCACGAGAAUCAUGUCAGGAAGUGAUAUAACCGUGGGCAACGACGCAAAUCAUACUCCCCCGAUCGAUCGUCUCAUCGGUUGUGUGUUUCUUGCCUUUGUGACUCUGUGUUCGGCCGGUCUUCGUGCAUGAGAGUUCUCUUUUGUAUUAAUUCAGUUAAGUACGUAUACUACCAACAGUGUGCUACUUUUGUUUUCUUGGGCAGGUGUUUGUUAUUCAAUGAAUAAUUAAUUAUCUGAAAAAUAUUUC